AUGCGCUCCGUCGUCCCCAUCCUCCUCGCCCUCACAGGCGCAGCAUCCGCCCAAUUCGGCUUCUUCGACCACAUGUUCGGCGGGCAUGACGGUCACGGUCACCACCACCAGCAACAGCGCCAACAAAACGUACCCAGCGAUUCCUCCGUAUACCAACACAACUACAAGUCAUCUUACUGCGACAAGUAUCUCUGUCCUGACACUUUAGCAUGCGUCCACUUCCCACACCAUUGUCCCUGCCCCUGGCCGAAUCACCAGGAGAAAUUCGAGCUGGGCGAAGGGUCCAAGAUUUGCGUGUCCAGGGGCGGAUUUAAACCCGGCGAGGCGGCGAGGAAGGUCGAGCUUGCACGGAAGGGAUUGAUAUAA